UGCGUUAAAGGUAUGCGCAUGUAGGAAGGAUAGAUUUUUUCGAGUGAGGCGUUGGGAAAGUUUAUAUGAUGUUCAUUAAGUAAAACUUCUUUAUCUGAAGAUACAAUUUCUUAUCAGUAGUUUGCCGACUUUUGUCAGUACUUAUAAAUUCUGAAAGAGAAUGAAGAAAAGUGUAUCCGCCACGUAAUGAAGAUUCUGAAGGAGAUUAGAUAUGGCUGGCCUGUUAGCUAAUUUAGGAGGAAAUCCUCUUCAUACUCCUGUUGGUCAGAAGAUAGAGCAAGCUACAGAUGCUUCUCUAUCAACAGAAAAUUGGGCUUUAAACAUGGAAAUAUGUGAUGCAAUUAAUGAGACAGAUGAAGGACCAAAAGAUGCUGUGAGGGCUAUUCGGAAAAGAUUACAACAAAACAUUGGAAAAAAUUAUACUGUUGUUUUAUAUACUUUGACUGUACUAGAAACGUGUGUUAAAAACUGUGGUCGAAGGUUCCAUUUGCUUGUAAGUCAAAAAGAUUUCAUUAUGGAAUUAGUAAAGUUAAUUGGACCUAAAAAUGAUCCUCCAACAGCUGUACAAGAAAAGGUCUUAAGUCUAAUACAGAGCUGGGCUGAUGCUUUUCAGAACAAUCCAGAAAUGCAAGGUGUUGUCCAAGUGUAUCAUGAUUUGAAACAAAAGGGUAUUGAAUUUCCUAUGACAGAUUUAGAUACUAUGGCACCUAUACACACACCUCAACGAAGUGUACCUCCUAGCACAUCUCCUAGUCAUAAUCCAGAACCACCUGUGCAUGGAAAACAGCCUUUUGUGCACACAUCACACCCCACACCUAUGCCAGAUGUAUUGCCACGACAAACAGGCCCUGUUACUUUGAAUCCUGAACAAUUAGCUAAAUUACGUAGUGAAUUGGAUAUAGUGCAAGGAAAUAUGAAAGUGUUUGGAGAAAUGCUAACUGAAUUAACUCCUGGGAGAGAGCAUCCACAAGAUUUAGAGUUGUUGAAGGAAUUGCAAAAGACUUGCUUUGCCAUGCAAAGUAGAAUUGUAGAUCUUAUUGACAAAAUUGGAAUGGAAGAAGUAACUAGUGAUUUAUUGCGAAUCAAUGAUGAGCUUAAUAAUUUGUUCUUAAGAUAUGAUCGUUAUGAGAAGAAGCGCACUGCUCUUUUAGCAUCUUUAGAGACUAAAACUCCUGCACCACCUAUUGAGAAUCCUUUAGAUAAGCCAUUAAUAGAUUUUGGUGAAAAUACUGAAGAGGAGGCUCAAGUAGGAGCACUAGCUAAUCUGAAUUUGCAAGAAGGAGCAGUUGCAGAGCAAGUUCCAAAAAAUAGUUCUGUAACAGAUGAAUUUGACAUGUUUGCUCAGUCUAGGAAUACGUCUUUUGAAUCUAGCAAAACAAAGUAA